AAGAGGCUCUGAAUCAAGUACAUCAUCAGUAAUUAGAAGGAUGGAAAAACAUAGUAUCCAAUCUCAAGAUUUGCCAGAAAUUAUAGAAGAAGAUAUGUCGGAUGUAGAUGAUAAUGAAGAUGGUGAAGGUAAUCAUCCAACAGACCAAAGCAUUAUCCCUUUAGAAAAAGAAUCCUGUAAAAAACCUAGUAAAGAUACCCCUGAAAAUAAAUUAUCUAGUAAGAAAGUAAAGACUAAAGACGGAAAUGUAUCUAUGUUAAAAAAACUUAUUGAGGAGCUGAAAUCGCCAAGUUCUUCAACAAGUAGUACCACUUCUCAGGCUGAAUCUAUCACAAGCCCAA